AUGUGUCAUGAAGCGGGAUCUAAACAUGAUACUCUGGUUCUUCAUACAGAGAUACGCUGGUUGUCGAAAGGUAAAGUCCUGCAGAGGUUUUAUGAGCUUAAAAACGAGCUGUCAAAUCUCUUUAGCACUGAAAAACCAGACUUUGUUGCGUAUUUGAACGAUACAGAGUGGUGUGCCAAAGUAGCUUACUUGGCUGAUAUAUUUUAUCAUUUAAACUGCUUAAAUGAAAGUAUGCAAGGAAAAGAAGAAAAUGUCCUGACCUCAAGUGAUAAAUUGAAAGGGUUCUUAAAGAAACUACAAGUUUGGAAACGGCAUGUAGAAAAUAAAAGUUUAAAGAUGUUUCCUUUAACUUUUGAUAUAGAUCCUCAGGGGGACAUAACCACUCAACUAGUUUUAAAUCACCUUACAGAUCUUGAGGACAGCAUGGCACAGUAUUUUCCCCAUAUCUCAGUUGACAAGUAUAACUGGGUGCGCAAUCCUUACGCUACUUCGUUAGAAUCAACAGCUGACCUAUCUUUUGAGAAAGAAGAACAGCUGGCAGAAAUUCAGGAGGAUAGAACACUACGAAUGAAAUAUAAUGAAUCACCACUAAUUAGAUUUUGGAUGUAUGCAAAGACAGAAUAUCCAGUAAUAGCAGAUGAAGCAAUCAACAUUUUGUUACACUUUUCAACCACCUACUUGUGCGAGUUAGGCUUUUCAGCACUUACAAACAUAAAAAACAAAAAACGGGAGAGGCUUCUUUCCGUUGAUCAGGAAAUGCGUGUCUGCUUGUCUUCAAUUCGACCACGUAUUGAACUUUUGUGUACGAAACGACAAGCUCAAGUUUCUCACUAG